AUGGAAUUCAACAGACCGGCGAGCCUUAAAUUGACCGGUAAUAUAAAUGACAACUUUAAGACAUUUAAGCAAGAAAUAGAAGUUUAUUUCAUGGCUACUGAAACAUAUAAAAAACCAAAAGAAGUUCAGGUGGCACGACUACUGAACCUUUUAGGACCAGAUGGUUUGAAAUUAUUUAACACAUUUAAAAUUGAAGAUAAAUCUAUUGAAACAAUUUUCAAAUGUUUGGAAGAAUAUUGUGUACCCAAAAAGAAUGUGGUAAUGGAGCAUUAUAAAUACUUUACUAGAAAGCAAAAUGAAAAUGAAUCAUUUGACAAAUUCUAUGCUGACUUACGCGAACUUAUCAAGUCAUGUGAAUUUGGAGAAGCUGAAGAAACUCUAUUGUGCUCACAAAUAGUACUUGGUAUACAUGAUAAGGAUCUACAGACAAAAUUACUCAGAGAAGAUUUGCCAUUGCCCAAAAUCAUCAAGUAUUGUCAAGCGGUUGAGCAGGCCGAGAUGCAUCGACGUGUGGUUCAAAAAGAAAGUCCAGCUCUGGAUCAAAUUGAAGAACGUCAACAAUUCAAAUCAAAAGGAUGGAGUCAAAUUAAGCAAAAUAAUAAGUCACAAAGAAAACAGGAGCAUAAGAACAAAAAUCAGGUAAAUUAUAAAAAUAAAAAUUCAGGAGAAAGUCAAAAUAAUAAUGUUAAAAAGUUUAGUUGUAACAGAUGUGGUAUAUCUUAUGGUAUAAAUGAAUGCCCUGCUUAUGGAAAAACUUGUAAUAAUUGCUUUAAACUCAACCAUUUUGCAGUAAAGUGUAGAAAAGGUGCUAAUAAAGGAGAGUUGCAUGAAGUUCAAUGUAAUAAUAGUAAUGACGAGGAAGAAGAAUUAACUUAUUUGUCAUUAAAUAGUAUUGAGUCAGAGAAACAAAUAAAUUGGACUGAUAUUGUUGUGAUUGAUAGUAAAAAUGAAUUAAAAAUUAAAUUAGAUACAGGAGCUCAGUUGAAUGUAAUGCCUCUUAAAGAAUUUAAAAAAUUAAAUAAAAACUUAGAGAAAAGUUCAGUAGUUAUUAAAUCAUUUGGAGGAUUUAAAAUAGAGUCAUUGGGAAAAGUUAAAGUAAAUUUAAAAAACUCUAAGAAUGAAAUUAGUACCUAUUUUGAAGUUGUUAAUUGCAAUGAUUUGCCAAUACUAGGGUUAAAGGAUUGUAUAAAACUAAAUUAUGAAAUUAAAGAAGUAAAUGAAAUUAAUAGUUGUAAAACAGAAAAAGAUGUAUUCUUACAAAAGUAUAAUGAUAUAUUUAAUGGUUUAGGAAAAUUUCCAGAAAAAAUUUCUAUAAAAGUUAAAGAUGACGCUAAUCCUAAAAUCUUUCCACCAAGAAGAGUACCUUAUAAAAUAGUAAAUAAAUUAAAAGAAAAACUAGAUAAAAUGUGUGAAUUAAAGAUUAUAGAAAAAUGUAAAGAACCAAGCGAAUGGCAGAGUCCUAUAAUAAUAAUUGAAAAUACAGACAAAAGUCUAAGAGUUUGUUUAGAUCCCAGGGAGCUUAAUAAAAAUAUAGUUAGGGAAAUGUACCAAAUACCAACACUAGAAGAAAUUAAAUUAAAUUUAUUAAAUAAAAAAUAUUUUACUUUAUUGAACCUUCGUGACGGAUUUUAUCAAUGUGAAUUAGAUCAGAAAUCACAAAACUAUUGCUGUUUUAGUACACCUUUUGGUGGGUAUAAGUACUUAAGAUUACCUUUUGGCAUAUCUUCUGCCCCAGAGAAGUUUCAACAAAUGACUUCUAAAUAUUUUGGUAACAUUAAAAACGUAAAUGUAUAUUUUGAUGAUAUAUUAGUAGCAGGCUCAACGAUAGAAGAGCAUAAUUUAGCGUUGAAUGAGGUAAUAAAAACUUCGAGAAAAUUUAAUAUUAAGUUCAAUUCUGCAAAGUUGCAAUAUUAUGUGCCUAAGGUAAAGUUUUUAGGAUUUUUGUUUAGUAGUGAAGGAGUUCAACCUGAUGAAGAAAGAAUAAGAUCAAUUAGGGAAUUAAAUGAACCAUGUAACAAAAAAGAUUUACAGUCAUUUCUAGGAAUGAUCAAUUACCUGCGGGGAUUUAUUCCUAACCUAUCUGAAAUAGUAACCCCUUUUAGAGAACUAUUAAAAAAAGAUAUUAUAUGGUAUUGGACUGUAGAGCAUAGGCUAGUUUUUGAAAAAAUAAAGGAAAUACUCUGUAAUUUUCCAGUUUUAAAUAACUUUAAUUUAACAGAAUCAUUUGAAAUACAAACAGAUGCGUCUGAGAGAGCUAUAGGAUGCUGUAUUUUUCAAAAUAAUAAACCAAUACAUUACGCAUCAAGAUGUUUGAGUGAUACUGAAAUUAAUUUUGCACAAAUUGAAAAGGAGAUGUUAGCCAUAGUUUUUGCCUGCACAAAAUUUCACUAUCUAAUAUAUGGCCAACAAUCUGUCAAGAUAUACACAGAUCAUCAACCGUUAGUCUCGGUUAUGAGAAAAGAAAUAUACAAAAUACCAAAUAAUAGGCUUAGGAGAUUAAGAGUCAAAUUAUUAAUAUACAAUGUGAAUGUUGAGUAUUUACCUGGUAAGCUCAUGUACGUAGCUGACUUUUUGAGUAGAAAUUAUAUUAAAAGAAGUGAGCAAAGCGAAGAGUCGUUAAAUGAUGUAGUACAUACUAUGGAAAUGUUUGAAAUUAAAUUUGAAAACAAUAAAAAGGAUGAUUUUAAGAAAGAGUCGAGGAAAGACGAAGCGUUAAGUCAAAUUGUCAAUUACUUAAGUACUGGCUGGCCAAACAAAUGCAAGAAUGGCGGUGAAUUGAAGCAUUAUUUCAAACUAAGAAAUGAAUUAAUAUUAGAAGAUGGCUAUACUUUGGAAUGA